UGCUGUUCUUAUAGCCCAGGAAUUUCGAACCAAGGAGUAACUUCCUCUGUUUCUCCUUGGUUGCUGUGCACGUGUAGUGUUCGUGGUGUUUGUGUGUGUGUGUGUGUGUGUGAAUGAAUGGAAAUUGCCAAUUAGGUUUGUUUUUUCACGGCUCUUUGGGCCAACAGAUAUCGUCAAAUGGCGAUGUUAUGCCAAUCAUUCGACAGCAAUCUAUUCUUGUAACAGAGAACACUCUCAAGGAUGAGGUGUCUGAUAACUGCUUUAUUCGGUCGAUUUGCUUCGUCGGUACCAUGGACAAGACCGAAGCGCCACGUUUUUCAAUGGUAGACGGAACACGAACGUACAUUGAUCUUCUCCAUAGUAUGAUUUCUGAUCGUACUAUUAUUGGUUCCGAAAUGAUUGAAGAGACUUUUCCCAACAUCCAUAAAGUGUUGUCUAGCCAUACUAUCGGAAGGGAUACUCGGAGCAAGAAAAUGUGCGCCUCCUUAUUCCCUUGUAGUAUGCCCGUUGAUGCAACUGUUCAGGUGAUCUUGAAACCCCCAAUGCGCCAUGGUCGUGCAACUUGUAAAGCAGCUGGAACGCUUUGCCCUGGUGUUUCUAUCGGUUGCGCAUUGUGUGGAAUUUUCUCGCCUGGAACCUGUGGGACACAAUGCAUCGUAGCUGGUUUAUAUUGUGGAGUCAGUGGCUACGCUUGUAAGGUCGAACAGAUGGAGGCGCCUACCCAACCGACUGAUUCUACAACCACAACCAAGGAGCACGUAGAUUUGACUGAAUUCAUGUUCGGACCACGUUAUACAUGAUCCAGAAAGCGAUCAAAUAAAUGAAGUAUUCCACAUCAA